AUGACCUACUUUCCCUUUGAUCAACAUGUUUGCGAUGUAAAACUUGUGUCUGCCACCCUGUUACUUCCAAAUCUGGUCAUGACAGACACAAAUCCAGAAAUUUCGUUGGAUGACUACAAGACCAGCACUGAAUGGGAUGUGAUAACUACAUGGGCAAUUACGGAGGAACUGCCACCGCUAGAAACGCUUUCUUUUGCUAACCUGGAUGCCUCUGCUAUGUACAAGGCGUCGAUUGUCCUCCGCCGCCGUUCAGACUACUACGUUGUACACAUGGUUCUUCCCUGCGUCUUCAUGUCGCUGCUAGUGGUUUUGACCUUCUUAAUACCUAGUGAAGCCGGCGAGAAGGUCUCGUUUAGUGUCACCAUCCUACUUGCCUUCACAGUCUAUCAGACGAUCAUUGUAGAUACUCUGCCGAGGAGCUCGGAUACGACACCCGUACUGUCGAUCUACCUGACCAUUCAGGUAGCCAUGUCAUCACUGUCUGUGGUCGCCUCCAUGCUUGUCCUGAACGUGCAUCACCACGAUCCGCAGAAGCCGGUCACGGACUGGACGAAGACCCUUGUGUACGGAUAUCUUGCGGCCGUCACAUUCCAGCGCCAAUUAGUCAGGGAUCUUCGAUUAAACGAGAGGAAAGCAACUAAAAUCCAGGUCAAACAGUCUGAUACAUUUAGCACGGACCUAGAUUCAGGAUUGCAUGACACUGUGGAUCAGUUUCAAGAGGCGGCCGCUCUGUCGGAAAAAAAUCCCUUCCCUGCCGCAACACAACCUGCUGUAAGUGGCUACGGACACUACUGGAAAGUUGCAGCUGCAAUUCUUGACCGUUUCUUCCUGUUCCUAUUUCUAUUGGUGAUUGCAUUGACGAGUGUGGUUCUUCUCGUAGUAUUACCGAAGAUAAACAAUUAUUAG